AAUUAUUUUGGGCCUUCCAUUCUCUGAGGCCAUUGAUAUGUGGUCAUUGGGUAUUGUGAUGGCUGCCUUGGUCCACGGUGACUUACUGUUCCCAGGAGAAACGGAGUAUGAAUUAUCCAUCAUCAUUUCCCUCAACAUCAGGUGUGAUCCUGGUACAGCCUGCCGCACCAGAGAACACACUGCAGAUGGAAGACGAGGAGAGUGCAGUCAGUUUGAAGACUCACAUGGAAAAGUCAAGAAGUGCCUGGACCAGCAUCCAUCCAGACCACCACCGUCCAGCAUCAUCUCCCACCGUCCUUCCAUCAGGUGUGAUCCUGGUCCAGCCUGCUGCAGCCCAAAACAUGCUGCAGAUGGAAGAUGAGGAGAGGUCAGUCAGAUGACACCUCGACCCAAAAGAAGAAGAAGAAGAACUGUGUGCGGCAUUUCUUCUCGUGGAUGAGGAAGACAUUCUGCUGCUGCUGCACGAUCAACAAGGAUAUAGAAGGUGAAGAGAGAACUGCUGACAAGGGACAAACAUGACGGCGCCCACAGAAAACAUGUUUGGCUUCCUUCGAGAAUACGGACAGAGCUCUCACACCGCUUAUAUCAGGACAGGAUUGCUCAUAGCAGUGCCACGUACUCCCACAGGCUAACUCACAGCACUCUCCAGGGGACACGGUCGUAGGCCCUCUCCAAGUCCACAACACACACACUGAAUAUGAAGGUUAUGCCUUUCAAAAAUUAACAUGUCAUGUGGCAUCUGAAACAAUUGCAGUUAAGCAUUCAGGUGCAUUGAGCCCAGCACCUGUGUGAAAAGCUCAAAACUUGGUGGAAACACGUUUGUUCACAGAGAGAACUGCUGACAAGGGGAAAAACACAAAAGACCCCAACAUGUAGACUGGAUGGGCAAACUGCCAUGAUACCAUGCUUCCACGAUCAGGACUGACUCCGCAUUGCCACUUCUGUAUCUGGAUCUGAAGUUCAGCAACUGGCCAGCACCUCCUUUACUGGGAAAGCUUAUGCCAGGGAGGCUGAGCAGUUCAAUACCUCUAUAAGAGGAGCACACCCUUCCCCUUUUUAAAAAAAAGGAAACACCACCCCACACAGCACAACAAUUUUCCAGAGCCUUCAGCAUCACAGGGCAAAUCUCAUCCACACUUGGUACCUUGGGGCUGAGGAGCUGCUUACCUACCUCAGAUAACUGUGCCAGGGAUAUGGGCGAGGCUUGCCCCAAGUCUUCAAACUCUGCCUCAUCCCCAGAGGGUGUGUUGGUCAGGUUCAGGAGUUCUUCAAAGGGCUCUUUCCACCCCCUGACAAUAUUCCCAGGUCUCUUCCCUUGCU